AUGUCUGCAACUAGUCUCUUAAACCCUAAAGCGGAAUCAGUUCGUAGAGGGGAGGCUCUUCGUGUUAAUAUUGCUGCUGGUGAAGGAUUACAGGAUGUCUUAAAAUCAAACUUGGGUCCUUCGGGAACUCUGAAAAUGUUGGUAGAUGGAUCCGGUCAGAUUACAUUGACAAAGGAUGGCCAGAAGCUUCUCCGUGAAAUGACAAUUCAGAACCCUACAGCUGUUAUGAUUGCUAGAGCAGCAACUGCGUUGGAUGAUAUUGCAGGUGAUGGGACUACAAGUGUAGUACUGUUGGUUGGCGAACUGUUGAAACAAGCAAGAAGAUAUAUUGAAGAAGGACUACACCCUCGAAUCAUCACUGAAGGGUUUGAAAUCGCUAAAGUUGAGGCUCUCAAGUUUCUUGAUGACUUUAAAAUUCUUCGUGAACCUGAUCGGGAGCUUCUUCUUUCUGUUGCACGAACUUCUCUUUCAACAAAGUUGAACAAGACUCUUGCGGAAUCUCUGACCCCCAGCAUAGUUGAUGCUGUCUUAGCUAUCUACAAUCCGCCCGCCAAGCCCGAUCUUCACAUGAUAGAGAUAAUGAAGAUGCAACACCGUACUGCCUCCGAGACCCAGCUUAUUCGAGGCCUUGCCUUAGAUCACGGUGCUCGUCACCCAGAUAUGCCAAAGCGCGUUGAAAAUGCAUUCAUCCUCACCCUCAAUGUUUCUCUAGAAUACGAGAAAAGUGAAGUCAACUCUAGUUUCUUUUAUUCCUCCGCCGCUCAAAGAGAGAAGCUUGUGGAAAGCGAGAGAAGGUUUGUGGACGAGAAGUUGAGGAAAAUCGUCGAACUGAAGAAAGAAGUUUGUGGGGAUGACCCUAAGAAGGGCUUUGUAAUCAUCAAUCAGAAGGGUAUUGAUCCUUUGAGCUUGGACGUUCUUGUUAAGAACGGAAUCUUCGCUUUGAGGAGAGCAAAGAGAAGGAACAUGGAACGUCUACAGUUGGUUUGCGGUGGUGUUUGUCAGAAUAGCGUGGAUGACUUGUCCCCUGAGGUCCUUGGUUGGGCAGGUUUGGUUUAUGAGCAUACUCUUGGGGAAGAAAAGUACACUUUCGUGGAGGAAGUCAAGAACCCGAAAUCAGUUACGUUGUUGAUUAAGGGUCCCAACAACCACACAAUCACACAAAUUCAAGAUGCUGUUCGUGAUGGACUAAGAAGUGUUUACAAUAUGAUUGUUGACGGAUCUGUUGUUCCUGGAGCUGGCGCCUUCCAGGUCGCUUGCGCUGCUCACCUCACUGGAGAAGCUAUGCGCAAGCAAGUUAAAGGUAAAGCAAGGACAGGUGUCCAAGCCUUUGCUGAUGCAUUAUUGAUCAUCCCGAAAACUCUUGCCGCGAAUGGUGGUUACGAUAUUCAAGAUUCUUUGGCAGCACUUCAGGAUGAACAGGUAGAAGGAAAUAUUGUGGGGAUCAAUCUCGACACCGGCGAGCCGAUGGAUCCAGUCGCGCAGGGAGUAUUUGAUUCUUUCAGAGUUUUGAGAAACUCAAUCGCUAGCGCCUCUAGCAUCGCUAGCAACCUUUUGCUCUGCGACGAGCUGCUCAAGGCUAGGCAGAUGGGCGCAAAGACUGGGCCUGGGGCUCCUGAAGAGUAG